GACCCACAUUGCGCCGCAGCUUUCCUCAGCCAGCGUCGUCGCUGUCGUCGCCGCCGCCGCCGCCCUCGGACUGCGCAACCUCUCAGACUUCCAUCUGAGCAGAAGACUGAAACUAAACCGUUUCCUUCUGGCGUGCAUCGACUUGCCAGCUGAGCCGAGCUCAAAGUCCGACAUCCCUGAGCUGGCGCCAGUCGCGGUCCCGAUCCCCUAUCGACAGUCGGGAGCGGCUUUGCGCACGAUAUCCCCAAACCUGCCGCGCCAACAACCUGCCUCUUGCUGCUCGCCGCAACCUCUGCCAUCUUGUCUGAUGCUGUGGUUACAUUGGCCACCGGCUUGUCUUUGAUAGCGAAACGUAUUCGAUCCAGCGCGACACCAUCUCACCCGAGGUCCCGACCCGAAAGACGCGAGGCUGCUUGGCCGGCCGACGAGGACCGGGACUUGUCCCAACGGUGCCGAGGGAUGCAGACAGCAAAGGGAAAGGCCGAGGCGCUUGGAAGAAGGGCCAAGCUCGCCCUGUCUUAUCAAGAACUUCUCGACGAGUUUUCACGCAAAGACCUCAAGUCUGUCGGCAAUUACACGCUGGGCCGUCUUAUUGGCAAGGGGUCGUUCGGGAAGGUCUAUCUGGCAACGCACAAGCUCACAAAUGGCUCCAAGGUCGUCCUCAAGUCGGCCAACAAGGACGAUUCGAACCUCGCGCGAGAGAUACACCACCACCGCCAAUUCGUCCACCCCCACAUUGCUCGUCUGUACGAAGUUAUAGUGACAGAGACCUUGGUGUGGCUGGUUUUGGAAUAUUGCCCUGGUGACGAGCUGUACAACUACCUCCUCAAACAUGGCAAACUACCGGUGGAUAAGGUCCAAAAGACAUUUACCCAACUGGUUGGUGCAGUGUGCUACGUACACCAACAGUCCUGCGUCCACCGCGACCUAAAGCUCGAAAACAUCCUCCUAGACAAGCACGAGAAUGUCAAGCUGUGCGAUUUCGGCUUCACGCGCGAGUACGAAGGCAAAUCCAACUACCUGCAAACAUUCUGCGGGACCGUGUGCUACUCAGCACCCGAGAUGCUCAAGGGCGAGAAGUAUGCGGGCGAAAAAGUAGACGUGUGGAGCCUGGGGGUCAUCCUAUACGCACUGCUAUGCGGAGAGCUGCCAUUCGACGACGACGACGAUGCCGUGACGCGGUCCAAGAUUCUCACACAAGAGCCGGCGUACCCCGACCACAUCCCUCCAGACGCGCUGUCUCUUCUGAAGAUGUUGCUCUCGAAGCGCCCUCUUCUCCGGCCGACGCUGCCCGACAUACUGGCGCAUCCGUUCCUCGCCGAGCAUGCGACGCAACAGCAAGAUAUCCUAAAGUUCGAGCAAUCGCCCCCGUUUUCGACCCCUUUGGAGAAAGAGACGCUGCAACGGAUGCGCAGCGCGGGAGUUGACAUUGACGCAGUGAUCGAGAGUGUCUUGGCUCAGAAGUGCGACGUGCUCGCAGGGUGGUGGACCCUUUUGAUCGAAAAAGAGGGACGGAAAGCGUUGAGAAAGGAGCGGAAACGCAGGGAAAAGGAGGCGGACCAUCGGAACUCGAGACGGUUCUCCCAAGCGUCGAGUCGGAUGAACGCGCUAGCAACGGUUGAGGAGGCCCAAUUCGUCAAACUGUCGGAUCCGCCACUGCCUAGAACGCGAGGCCGGACCGAAAGGAGGAGCGGCCACUACCCUAGCUUGAUGAUUCCCGACAUUCCAUCGUUCGCCGAUUUGGCCAGGACUGCUAACGGGAACCUGAGUCCGGACGGCGAGAUCCCCCCUCCCCCCAUAGACAAGGAUUCGAUCAGGUCUGUGAGCUCCUCGAGGCACCGGAAACCAAUACCGCCGCCGAAGGAGGGCGUUUUGCGGAGCGCGCGCUCUCGGGGGUCUACGCUGCAUCUGGUCACGACAAGCGACGCAUUGACUAUGAACGGAGGCUCUCAGCCGGAUAGCCAGCAGAAGGUGAAGAAACGGCCAUCACAAGCCAUCCUAGCCCACUGGAAAAAUUGGACGCACUGGCUCUUCGAGAACACGCGACGGCAUCGGACAUCCAACAAGCGUGGCAGCCAGUCGACCCCUAAUCUGAUAGACAAGCCCCCGACGAAGGAUGGCAAGUCCAAAGACAGCAGCCCGCGUCCGCAGACAAGCAAGUAUCCCACGUCCAAUUCGGGCGCUGCUACACAGACGGCCAGCCUCCCUAAGGGAGUGGUUGCCAAUGGGUAUGCUGGCAGAGGGACGUCGUCGCUCGCAGGGAGCCAGUUCCACAGCCCCAUCUCGCCUAACCUUACCGCCCCCCACCCUCCGCAACUUCCACGUGUCCAGACGACGGGUUCUUACAAGCGACAGUCGCUGUCUCCGUCGCCGCUGACACCCCGGUCCACGGUGAGGCGCGCUUCUGGUGCGACCGGCCUGCGGGGGAGAAAGUCAACGUCUUCGUCCGUGUCGUCUAUCCGCUCUCUGCACCACGCGCACCAUCACAGCCACAGUAAAGCCAGUUCGACAUCAUCAAACGGCUCGGUAUCAACAUCCGUGUCCAAGACGCCGCUGCAUGCGCGUAGUCCGCACCACUCCGUCAAGGUGCUACCUGCGACUCCAACUAGUGGAAGCUUCCCCAGCAACAUACGUCUCGUGCGCGACCGGUCUGGGCCCCCUAUAGGAAUUGGCAUGUUUAGCGAGGGCAUGCCAAGCUACAACGAGCGCAUGAACUCGACUUCGGCGUCUGCGAUGCAACCGCCGCGGAGUCCGAACCCGUUUGGCUCGGGCUUCAACUCGCCUGGAGGAGCAAGCGGAGGCGGGCCGGCUGUGCUGUUCGCCAAGAGGAAGCGGAGCAUCUUCAAAGGCCCCAUGCUGAGUCUGGGCGGUUCUGGGAGAGAGACGGGCAGGAGCUCUAGCACGGGGUCGGCGGGCCACUCUCGCAGCGCCAGUGCCACCGGCCUAGGACGGCGCAGCGGCGAGAUCACGAUCCAAGAAGUGGACGAAGAUGCGGAGGAGGACGACGACGACGACGACGUGGAAGAAGUGGACGCGUUCAGCCCCAUCGUCAAGGGUCCUGGCGAGGUCAUUGAGGAAAAGAUUUACGAGGACGGAGAGGACCAGGGCCAGGACCAGGACCAGAACCACGGCGUCGGCGUCGGCCAGAAGCCGCCGAAGCUGAAGCUGAACUUUGAUGCGGGAACAGCGACAACAUAGGCGGGCGGGCGAGCGGUAAAUAAAACUUUUAUUCUUUCCCGGUUUCCUGUUUCGUUUCUUUUGUUUUCUCAAAUCUAGAUAUAGCAGGGCCUGGAGAAUCAAGACGAGGACAAGGACAGGUCAAAGACAGUGUCAGGAGCCACGUAUGUAUAAAGCUGCAUACAGCGAGCGAUUGGGGUUAAUUUCCACUGGUUCUCCUCUUGGCUACUUUUUUUUCUCUUCUCUCUUUCUCUUUUGCUCUUUUUGCUUCUUAAUUAGCACAAGCAUGGUUUGUCGGUUUGUUAGUUUGCUGGGGCCGAGGAGGUGCCGCAUAGAUGGGUGCCCCUUUUUCGGGUGCGAUGUCAACGUAUUAUUAGGUGUUAUUUGUUGAAAAUACGCAUGUAGUGGACUGUGGGAGGAAUCCGAGUGUCCUGUCUGAUUCUCGCUGUCUAAAUUCUGG